CCUCUCCCUUCUUCUCGUUGAAAUCAAUAAAGAUAUAUUUAAAAAAACAAAACAAAACUGCCUAUUAUCAAAAUGGAGCAACUUCUGCUAAUUUAUAUAGGUUUAGAAUAUGAAGGGUGCCUCUUUCCGGCUAAUCUUAAGUAUAAAAAUGACAAGAAUUCUUUAUGUAUGCAGCAUUGGCUUUACAUGAAUAUUCCUAUUCCUUUCUCAUAGCACGUGUUAUCUCCUGAGUAUUCUUACAUUUUAUAGAUGAAGGAACAGGGUGACCUGCCUAUGGUUACAUAUCCUUAAAUUUGGAAGAAUAAUAAGGUUCUGUAACUAAAGAAUUAUGAAUCUGACCACAAGCGCUCAGUGUAUAUAGCUCUGGGGCUAUUAAACCAAGUCUCAGUUUUUAUCCUUUGUUAAUAUCUAAGAAUUAGAGUUUUACUAAUUGAAUCUGUUAGUUUAAAUUCACAGAGACAGUGUUUACAAAGGCUGUCAACUGUUUUUCUUAUGGUAUAAUGUGUACCCCUAAUAAUGUUAAUGAAAUUUAAAAGUGGGUUAAUCUAGAAGAGAUUUACAAUCUUGUAAAGGAUUGAGAAUGUCACUUAUAUGGAUAGUUCUUCUUAGGCUGGGAAUAUAAGGUUACCAUGGGUCUUACAGGUGCUAUUGGUGAGCAGCAGUCGGUACCCAGACCAAUGGAUUGUCCCAGGAGGAGGAAUGGAGCCUGAGGAGGAGCCUGGCGGUGCUGCCGUGAGGGAGGUUUAUGAAGAGGCUGGAGUCAAAGGAAAAUUAGGCAGACUCCUGGGCAUAUUUGAGCAGAACCAAGACCGAAAGCACAGAACAUAUGUUUAUGUUCUUACUGUCACUGAAAUAUUAGAAGAUUGGGAGGAUUCUGUUAAUAUAGGAAGGAAGAGAGAGUGGUUCAAAGUAGAAGAUGCCAUCAAAGUUCUCCAGUGUCAUAAGCCUGUACAUGCAGAGUAUCUGGAAAAACUAAAGCUGGGUUGUUCUUCGUCCAAUGGAAAUUCCACAGUACCUUCUCUUCCUGAUAACAACACCUUGUUUGUAACUGCUGCACAAACCUCCGGCUUGCCAUCUACUAGAAGAUAGAGAGAAUGGGGAGGUCAUCUCCCACCAUGCGCAGUCUCGUGGGGAGAGGCUUCUUUCUUUUCUUUGGCAAACAUCUGAAUGACGCUUGCAAACUGUCUGAAUUUGCCAUGCAAGGUUUUCAAACAAUUUGCAUGUUUUCCAGAUGCUUUCAAAUCUUUUUUUUUAUAGUGUAAAAUACUUUAAUAAGCCAAAGCCAUGUGGAAUUUUUUUUAGAUGCCUUAACUGUGCCCCCCAUCCUGCCCUCCUUGUUAUUUUGUCAUUUUUUCAGUUUUUCGUCCAUUUGAUACCAGUCUGUGGUUUCUGUCAGAUCACCUUACUUGAGGUUAUGUUUUACCCCCCCCAAAUUGUUUUCUCAUUCACAGCAUUAAUAUAUUCAAAAAAUCCUUCUGUUACAGGAAUUAGCAAAAGUAAUUCUUGACGUUAAAGAAAAACUUGUUCAUAGGAUAACAAUCUUAAUUCAUAAAUUCCAUAUUUCGACUAUUUCUGUAUGGCCCAAUAUUUUGACAAAGGACCUAUUUUGCUAUUUUCAGGCAUUUGUCAACCCGUCUCAAUUUUCACAACGGGUAUUAUGUCACUAGCAUAAUUCCCCUAUUCCUCAAUAGCUCUUUAACACAAAAUUUUAACUCUAGAAUUGGCAAUGUUUAGGGAGGGAUUGUAAGCAAAAUGCAUGUAGCAAAUACUUAUCAUGAAAUCUGGAUUCAUGGAAUUUUAGCAAGCACAGUUGCCAAUCCCCUUUAUCUAUAUACUCUCUUUACACCGAAUACCUGAGAACCAAAUUUCCCUCAAUGUAAGUUGCUUUUUAAAAAUAUUUUUUCAGUUUUUGAAUUUAGUGGCACCUGUUCAGUUAAACUUGUUGGUUACCAAUAACCACAUCUAGGUGUAGCGUCUAUAACCUCAAACACCAGUCAGUGAUGACUGCUUCACAAUUAAAAUGGCCUUCUUGCUGAUCAGCUGUUACAGACUUAGAUUGUUAGGGUACCUUUAGGAUGUCUCAUCUUUUAUAGGGUGUCAAUAGGUACUAUUUAUCAUAUAACUUUUGGGGCACUGGAACAUACCUGAACUAAGAAUUAUUUUGUCUUAUACUGGUCUUUAUACAUAUGAAAUCAAGAACCCUCUCUAAAAUACAUAGGUACCUUGUCUGAAACUCCUGUACUUCCCCCAAAUAGGCCAGAAAUGAGAUGAGAAGGAAAACCUUUGAAUAAGAUGUGGGGUGGGGCAUGAGGGCAAGAUCAUUCUUUAUGUAGACAUUAGUCUUUUGUAAAUAUUGUAACUGGUGAGUAAAAAGUAGAAAAUAAGUAUAGUUGCACAUUUGUUCUACAAAUUGUUAACCUUUAAAAAUAUAAUUGCUGCUAAAAAUAGAGUGCUGUUACACUUGAGGAAAAUUGGUGCCACUUAAAAAAUAUGAGAUCUUGUGCCAUAAAUGCAGCUGAACUAGAUGUAAACAUUAGUUCACAAAUUAAUGCUGUCAAUGGAAUGAGUAAUUUAACCAAUGACAUUUCAUUCUAAAUUAUGUAGUGUGAUCAAACACGAUCAUCCAGAAUUUUUAUAUUUUUCUUUGUACAGAGGUUAUAUAUUCUGGGUGUUUAAGAAAAACCACAUUUUAAAUCCCACAGAUUGACACUUUCUAUCAAUCUUCAAUGGACUGGUUUUUAUUCUCAGUAAUCUCUGAAGUUUCUUUAAAUUACAUACUAACACAGCAGAGAAACUGGAUUGUUUUUGUAUAUAGGACUGUGUCCACCUGAAAUGCUGUCACAGUACUUGGGGGGGGUAUCUUGUACAUGACAUUCUUAGAGUUAACAAUGCAUGAACUUAUUUUAUAAACUCUUAGACUAUGUAUUUGAUCUGUAAAAUAUGUACAGUAUUAAUGUCAGCCAUCUCUUCAAAGUGAGCCUAUAAAUAUUGUUGUAUAAUAUUCUUUGGUCAGAAAUAUUUGGAUGAAGUAGUGCCACUUAAGUCAGGAUUUUUUCAGUGCCAUUUAGCAAACUGUCUUUAGUCUAUGCAACUAGCAAGAAUUUGUAUAAUGCAACAUAUUUACAGUCGUCACACUAAAUUUCAAACAAGGGAUGCUCCACUAUUCUGGUGGAACCCAGUGUAACAAAAUUAGAGGAAGGGGCCCCAAGGAUUUAUUUCUGUUCAGAGGAAAAGCCUACAUUUUCAGGCUCAAUAGUUGAAUCUACUAUAGAUAUCAAAAAGUGUCUAUCUCAACCCUCCAAAGAUUAGUGUUGGGACUGUCAUUUGUGCUUUCUGUGGGGUAGUUGGAUAAAACUGGACAGCUAAAAUUUUCAGUCCCAUGUGCCUCCUGAAUCAAAUAAGUUUGUAAAUUGACUUGCAGACACAAAGUAGCAACUAUCCUGCAUGUUGUUGGGUUGUUUUUUUGUAAACAGGUGUAAUUUUCCAACCAGACACAUGCCAUUCAGUUUUCCAAUGUUGAUCACACAGUUGUAUAAAGCAGCAAAACUGAAGCAAGGGUGUGUGUGUGAUUGUUGUAUACACUUGAAUUGCUUUGCAUGGUCUCAUUGAGAUAAUUGGUGUAAGAAUCUUGACUUUUUUUAUAUUUGGAAACAUCAAAUAAAAAUGGAAAUAAAUUUUCUUUCUUUUUUUAAA